UAAGUUAAUUACUAAAGUAAGUGAUUGUUGAUCGUGGUUAGACUUCUGCUUGUAAAUAAUUAUUUAACAAAUUUAUUAUUGUUUAAUGUUUCUUGUUUAAUAACCCUAAUGGAUGUGCUUAAUAUAGGUCGUAUCUACAAAGGCUCAACAUCUUAACUUAAUGUCUUGAUCACAGAUAAAAGUAGGAAAUACUUCUGAGUACUUAUGCAUUUUUGUGUUAAAAUCUUGAUGUGCUUGACUAAAUCAUUUUUUUCCUAUCAGCUGCUGUCGCUGUUGGUAUAAGUGUAUAACUAUUAAAACACAUAUAUCAAUAUCAAAAUGACAUGUUGGUAAACUAUUAGGCUCUUGUUAAUUGAAAUAAGAUCCUUAUGCCAUAUAAAAACAAAAGAGAUGUACCCAAUUUACUUUUUUUUAACUUGGUAUCCUUAGAAUAGUUGAUUAAACGUAUAUGUUGCGUCUUUAAAUAUUGUUUACACAAUACUAUUGUUUAUAUUGUACAGUUGGCACAGUAUUAUAUAUAAUAUCUAAUCAAUGAAAAUAUUUUGAAAAUAAAAAUGAGUUCCCCGUAUCAAGGGGCAUUGACAUGUGUUACAUGUCAAAUUGUGUUUGAAACUGGUGAUACACAUCGCGUACACUAUAAAACAGACUGGCAUCGUUAUAACCUGAAAAGAAAAAUCAUAAAUCUUCUACCUGUUGAUCGGCCAACAUUAGAAUCCCGAAUACUGAGUCAACAGAUCAAGGAGAAUGAAGAAAAUGCUAAGAGUUCGAUUUAUUGCACCAUUUGCAGGAAAUCCUAUAAUUCUCAAAAGUCUUUUGACAGCCACUUAUCUUCUAAGCAGCAUAAAACUUUAUCGUUGCAAUCAGACAAUGAACAUAAAGAUAUUGGUGUACCAGCUGCCAAGAAAAUAGUUAAACCAGCUGAGAAUAAACCUGUUGAAGAAAGCGAUGAUGAGUAUGAAGAUGUAGAUGAAGAUGAAGAUGAAGAAUGGGGUGAAGUUGUCAGCGAAAAUAACCCUAUAGUCAACAAUAUAUGUUUAUUCUGCCCCCAGAGUAGUGAAAACUUAUUGCAAAAUAUUAAACACAUGUCUGAUAUGCAUUCAUUUUUCAUACCUGAUAUUGAGUAUCUGGUCGAUAUGAAAGGAUUAUUGGUAUAUUUAGGAGAAAAGGUAUGUCAAGGAUUUAUGUGUUUAUGGUGUAAUGAUUCUGGAAAAAAUUUCCAUUCGAUAGAGUCUGCACAAGCUCACAUGAUUGAUAAAGGUCAUACUAAAAUGAUUCAUGAAGGUGAGGCAUUACUUGAAUACUCCGACUUUUACGACUAUUCAUCUAGUUAUCCAGCAGACACACCUGUAGAUGAUUAUCGUAUUGUUGAAGAUGUUACCUCUCAAUUAAUUCUUCCUUCUGGAGCUAGAAUUGGAAAACGAUCAUUAAUGCGAUAUUACAGACAAAAUUUGAAUCCAAAUCAUGAUUGGGAAGCCUUGAAGGAAACAAAACUGAACAAAGUAAUCAAUCAUUACAGACAUAUCGGAUGGACAGGAACUUUCCCUGCUGCUGCUGCUAGGAAAGCCAGAGAUUUGAAAGUUAUGAAACAAGUCCAAACAAAAAUGUACAUGCAAUUAGGAGUUAAAGCCAACAAGUUCCAAAAGCAUUUUCGCCAGCAAGUCAACUUUUAGAUUUGAUUUUGUAUGUUUUAAAAUAUUUAAUAGAAGUUGGUUUUUUAUAAAUGGCAUUAAAAUAUUAUUUUGCAUUGCUAAUUUUAAAAAUAAAUUAACCAU